AUGCUAGAAUUAUUUGAAUUUCAAGAAAAAGCCGCUUUAAAAAUAGUGGAAAAAUACGAGCAAUAUCUUCGCUGUCAAAUCGUUAUCAAGAAAGGAAAUGAGGAAACCCCAGUACCUUUUAUCCAAAUUUUAGAUGCCUUAACUGGUUCAGGGAAAACAGUAAUUUUAGCCAAAACUAUCGGCGAAAUAAGCAAAUGUCAGGUUAUCAUGCUUGCUGAAUAUCGUGAAAGUUUAUUAUUCGAAAAUGAGCCGCUGGUUCUUUUUGCUACCGUGGGAACUUUUAACCAAAAAGAUAAAGAAGCCGGUAAUCGCCAAAUUUAUCAAUGUAAGUUAGACGAACAAAAUCAAAGCACUUGGGACAGUUUAAAAAAUCGGGGUGAACGGCCGCUUUUUAUUGUUUAUGAUGAAGGACACAAUUUAUCCGACCAGCAAACUGAUUUGUUAUUAGAGUUAAAACCGGAAGUUUUUUUAAUGGCUAGUGCGACCAUGAAAUUUCCCCACAAAUUAGCCGAACAGUUUACCGAAUUAAAAAAAGAAAGCAAGUGGCAAGACCAAGAUUUUUUUACCCAAGUGCCGACUAAUGAGGUAGUGGAAGCCGGUUUAGUGAAAAAAGUAAUUCAGUUAGCCAGUUAUGAAAACCCGCGAGAGGAAACCAUUUCCUCGCUGGUUGAGGAUUUAAGGGUCAUUGAAAACCAACUCCAAAAUAAUUUACCGAACCAAAAACCCAAAGCGAUUUAUGUUUUCGAAAAGUGCCAAGUGAAACCGGAAAAUAUUGCGGUUUACUGUGAUUUAAAAUUUAGUCGAGAUUUUCCUAAACCUCCGGAAUUCAAUUUAUUUGCUGGGAGUGGAGAAAAGAAAUAUCAGGAAUUUAUUAGUGGUGAUUUUCAACACAUUAUUUUUAACUUAGGAUUACAAGAAGGUUGGGAUGACCCUUUGGUUUAUUGUGCCUAUAUUGACCGUUUGCUUAAUUCUUCUCUCGCGGUGAAGCAAAUUAUCGGCCGAGUUUUACGCCAACCUAAACCAACUAUCACUCACCAAUUACCGGAACUGCUUAACACCGCUCAUUUUUACAUCCAAGUCGAAAAACAGUCUACUUUUCAAGAGGUGAUUGAAGAAAUUAAUCAUGAAUUAAAACAGAAUGGUCCUGGUAUUCAAAUUAAACCAAUUACCCCGAACGAGAAACCGGAAAUUAUAAAAGUUCAAGGCAUUUACCAAUUACCAAAAAUUAUUUACAAAAUUAAUACUCAGGGCGAUAGUUAUCGAACUAUUGCUAAAAAAUACAUUGACGAACAAGGUAGUUUUCAAGAAACAAUUCACGAAAAAACUGGUGCUACGGAUAGAAUUACCGUCCGAGCCGUUUUUUACCGGGAAAUUAUUCGUAAACUUUCCCAAAUUCGAGGAAUAAUUUUGUUAGAUGAACCUAAAUUUGAUGCUCUGAUUGGCUUCAAAUCCAAUGUUUAUAAGCAAGUUGUUGAAAUAGUCGAUAAAGUUAUCGAUGUUUACUUAAAAAAUUCCCAACUCGAAAUAAAUGAAACAGAAGUUUAUACCGUUUCCGACUUAUUACUUUACAAUCCUGCUAAUUCUAUUAAUUUUACUAAUAGCAUUCACGAAAAAUAUUCUCAAUUGAAUAAGUUGGAAGAAAAAUUCGCUCGGGAAUUAGAUAAAUUUGGUUUUAAAUGGUGCCGUAAUCCGGCUCGAACUGGCUACGCUAUUCCACUUAUCACUCUGGGUUCAACCCGAAAUUUUUAUCCUGAUUUCUUGAUUUUCCUACCAAAUAAAAUUAUUGCGAUUGACACUAGUGGCGAGCAUUUGAUUAAAGACAAAGUCGACCGCAAAUUAUUAAAUAUCGGUUCUAAAUUAUUGGUCUGUUUUGUUUCGAGUGGAAAGUGGGAUGAAAAAACCAUAGAAAAAACUGAUGAAAAUGGUUGGACUUUGUGA